AUUUGACUGUGAUGAAGUACGGGUCAUGAUUUAGCAAGUCUGUUUGUUGACUUCUUUUAAAAGAUCGUCAGAGGCUGUGGCUUGAGAGUUAGGAGUCAGGCAGAGUUAACAGGGAAGCUAUGGAAGCAACUGAGAAAGAGAAAAUCAGUGUUGAAGAUGAAGCUGUGGAUAAAACCAUUUUCAGAGACUGUAGCAAGAUUGCUUUCUACAGACGGCAGAAACAGCAGCUCUCCAAGAACCCCACCUACCAGGCAUUGUUAGAUGCAGUCACAACAGAACCAGACAGGACCAGCUUCCAAAUCGUCAGUGAAGCAACUAAGGUUCCUCUCCGGGUUGAAGUUUAUGGUAUAGAGAAAAAUAUUUUCAGACUUAAAAUCAAUGAAGAAACGCCACUGAAACCAAGGUAUGAAGUCCCUGAUGUCAUCACCAGCAAGCUAGAAACUGUAAGACUGGUCUCGUGCUCAGGGGAUGCUGGCAGCCUGAUACUGACAGACGGAAAAGGCGACCUGAAGUGUCAUAUCUCAGCAAACCCAUUCAAGAUAGACUUGGUGUCUGAGGACGAGACUGUGCUCAGCAUCAACUCCCUGGGCCAGUUAUACUUUGAGCACCUACAAAAUCCUCACAAGCAAAGAGCUACCAAAGGGAACCAGGAGAGUGUGCCAGCUGACUCCUCUCAGGAAAAUCAGGAAGACCUAGGCCUGUGGGAAGAGACAUUUGGAAAAUUUGUGGAUGUCAAAGCUAAUGGUCCUUCCUCUGUUGGUUUGGAUUUCUCCUUCCAUGGAUUUGAACAUCUCUACGGUAUCCCUCAACAUGCAGAGUCACACCAACUUAAAAAUACUGGGGAUGGAGAUGCAUACCGUCUUUAUAACCUAGAUGUCUAUGGAUAUCAAAUACAUGACAAAAUGGGCAUUUACGGUUCAGUGCCUUAUCUCCUGGCCCACAAACAGGGCAGGACUGUAGCCGUUUUCUGGCUGAAUGCCUCGGAAACACUAGUGGAGAUCAACAUGGAGCCAGCAGUUGAGUACGUCCUGACCCAGAUGGGCCCAGCAGCUGCCAAACAAAAGGUCAGGUGUCGGACGGAUGUGCGCUGGAUGUCGGAGAGUGGAAUCAUUGAUGUUUUUCUGCUGACAGGGCCUACACCUUCUGACAUCUUCAAGCAGUACUCAUCCCUCACAGGCACACAAGCCAUGCCCCCUCUUUUUUCCCUGGGGUACCACCAGUGCCGCUGGAACUAUGAAGAUGAGCAGGAUGUGAAGGAAGUGGAUGCAGGUUUUGAUGAGCAUGACAUUCCAUAUGAUGUCAUGUGGCUGGACAUAGAGCACACCGAGGACAAGAAAUACUUCACCUGGGACAAGAAGAGAUUCGCAAACCCCAAAAGGAUGCAAGAGCUACUCAGGAGCAAAAGACGCAAGCUUGUGGUUAUCAGUGACCCCCACAUCAAGGUGGAUCCUGACUACUCAGUAUAUGCUAAAGCCAAGGAACAGGGCUUCUUUGUGAAGAACCCAGAAGGUGGCGACUUCGAAGGCAUAUGUUGGCCUGGUCUCUCGUCUUACCUGGAUUUCACCAAUCCCAAGGUCAGAGAGUGGUAUUCCAGCCUUUUUGCUUUUCCUGUUUAUCAGGUUGGUUUCUAUUCUUUUUCUGCUUCCUAUCCAAUGUUCUUCACUGACUUACAGCAAAUGGCUACUGCAGAAGGAUUGAUACAGCGAUCGAAAGGGAAGGAGAGACCCUUUGUCCUUUCACGUUCUUUCUUUGCUGGAUCACAAAAGUAUGGUGCAGUCUGGACAGGAGACAACACAGCAGAAUGGAACUAUCUGAAAAUCUCCAUCCCGAUGUUACUCACCCUUAGUGUCUCAGGGAUCUCCUUCUGUGGAGCUGAUGUGGGUGGCUUCAUUGGCAAUCCUGAGGCAGAGCUGCUGGUGCGUUGGUACCAGGCUGGAGCUUAUCAGCCCUUCUUCCGUGGCCAUGCCACCAUGAACACCAAGCGGCGAGAACCCUGGCUGUUUGGGGAGGAAUACACCCGACUGAUCCGGGAAGCCAUCAGAGAGCGCUACACCCUCCUACCCUAUCUGUAUUCUCUGUUCUACCAUGUCCACAUGUCUUCUGACCCUGUCAUGAGGCCUCUGUGGGUUGAGUUCCCUGAUGACGUAGAGACUUUUGGUGUGGAUGAUGAAUACAUGCUGGGAAGUGCUUUAUUGGUUCAUCCAGUCACAGAACCACAGACCACCAUGGCUUCUGUAUUCCUGCCAGGGUCAAAUGAGGUCUGGUAUGACUCUAAGACAUUUGCACAGUGGAAAGGAGGGUGUACUGUGAAGAUUCCAGUAACCUUGGAUACUAUACCAGUGUUCCAACGAGGCGGAAGUGUGGUGCCAAUGAAGACCAGUGUGGGAAAGUCCACAGGCUGGAUGACUGACUCCCCAUACGGACUCAGGGUUGCUCUGAGCACUCAGGAUUCUGCUGUGGGCGAGCUGUAUCUGGAUGAUGGCCAUUCAUUCCAGUACCUCCACCAGGACCAGUUCUCACACCGCAGGUUUUCAUUCUGUUCCGGUGUUCUGACCAGCAGGUGUGCUGAUGAGAAAGGCCGUUAUCCCAGCAAGUGCAUAGUGGAGCAGAUCUUGGUCUUAGGCCUAAGGAAGAAGCCAUCUUCUGUGACUACUCACUCAUCUGAUGGUAAAGUUCAGCCUGCGGCUUUUACAUACUACGCCAAAACAUCCACCCUGAGUCUGGAGAAGCUCUCCCUGAGCAUAGCUGAUGGCUGGGAGGUCCAUAUCAGAUGAUGGGCAGGUGCCCUGGUGAUGAGGGUGGGAGCCUCUGGACCGCUCACCCUCCUGCCUCCUGUGAGAUCUAUGCUGCCAUCCAAUUGGCUUCCUUGGAAAAAUGAUAUUUUGCUCAUAUCAAGUGUACUGAUGGCCAGUAGAUUUUAGAUUUAAAGAUUUUAGGUUUGUGGCACCUCCUGUAAUCACAGUACUCAGGAAGCUGAAGAAGAAGGAUCGUGAGUUCAAGACCAGCUUAAGCUGUAUCACACAAGACCUUGUCUCAAAAAAUCAAAAAUAAGAUUUCAGAUUUUACAUCUAAAGAUGUAUUGUUGGAACGCUGUAUAAACACCGCCCUUUCCACAGACUACAAAACCCUGAGCCAUUGCUAGAACUCAGUGAGCAGCCCGACCUGCAGCUCCUCAGGAGGCCCAUGUGUGGGGCUUGUCGCAGGGCUUGCCGCAGGCUGUCACUGCAGUCAUGGCUGUUGCAGCAGCAGAGUUGCUGAAACCAAUCUCCAAAUAGAUAACAGAGCCUGCUCCUCUCAGGGUCGCCCUCCACCACAGCAAUGCAGGCAUAGAGCCCUCGCCUGCAGACGCCCUCUCCUGCAUGGGCAGGGCUGCGGAAAGCUCUCCCUAGACAGUGACUCAGGAGCUCAAGGGUUGGUGUCCCUUUCUUGCUUGUUAGACUUAAAAGUACCAAGUCAAUCUUCAAAUUCAGAUGUACUCCUUUUAAUUAUAUUUUACUAAAUACUCUCUCCUAAUCAAAGAAUAUUCAUAACAUGAAUAAGCUAUAAUUAGUAAUAAUGAAAUAAAUACCCAUGUCCCACAGGUGAACUUCAAAAAUAGAACACAGGACUGGGACUAUCAUAACACAAGUAAGAGGUACUUGUUUUAGACACAAUCAAUAAUCAAAAUAAGGAAUAUUUUAAUGCACGUCUUUAAAAAUCAAAAUGAAUACAAAAAAAACAGGCUAAGCAAAAAAUUUUAAAUAAAGAAGCUCAGUGUUACUGACUUCCUUUUGCAGUGAGUUCUGAUAUGUCUUGGCACAGUCUUGAAUAUUGUAACACAGCACUGCAUCCCAAUGCUUCUAGCUUUGGAGACCCCACGACUCCCUGCUGUCUGCUUCAGCAGCUACUGGGGAGGCCUCAGUUCCUCAAAAUAUGAGCCUCCCACCACAUUUCUUCCAUGUAGCCACCCGCAGCUGCUACCAUUCUGCCUUCUCUUUCCUUAACCACAGCACCCCCGCUGCUUCCACCCGUACAGCUUGCCAUCCUACUCCCUGACACCCCAGCCCCCCAGUACCCACUGGCAGCAAGUUUGCCCUUCUCUGAAACGCUGCCCCACUUUACAUUCUCAGGGAUGUGCCUUAGCGCUAUAAGGACGACUGUGUAUUUCCCUACUGGAGUGUAUAUUCCUUAAGAUCAUGUUCUAUUGCUCUCAUAUCUGGUAUACCACUAUGGUAGUUUAAUGAAAAGUGCCCCCUAUAGACUUGUAUGUUUGAACACUUUGAACAUUGGUGGCACUGUUUGGGGAGGUCGUGGAACUUUUCGGAGGUGCAUCAUUGCUGAAAGUAUGUCAUUGAGGGUGGGCUGUGCUCAGUUAUAGCCUCACUCCAGUUCCUGUUUGGCUGCUCUGCGUCCUGUGUGCUGUUGAGCACUCAGCCACCUGCUCCAGCACCUGCUGCCACGCCUCCCUCGCUGUUAUUAACUCUCUGUGGAAUGUAAGCCAAAAUAAAUUCUUCUGUAAGUUG